AACACACAUUGUAUUCAGGCAAUUCCAUGUGCCCACAUGCAUCAUUGGUGGGAUGAGUGAGUUAAUAGGCUCCUCCUUCAGUUUUGUUGAACAAGAAAAUCAAAAUCCACAAACCCAAAUUUCCUGCAGGGGCUGACUUGACUCUCUAUCUCUGCCUUGAAUUUGCUUCUGUGUAUGGAUAGAUAAAGAGUGAAGAGAAGAAGAGAGAGGAGGAAGAAGACUAGGGGAGCUCAGCUAGAGAGAAAAAUGAAGGAAAGCAGUGAUGGGUUUGUGCGAGCAGAUCAGAUUGAUCUCAAGAGCUUAGACGAACAACUGGAGAGGCAUAUGAGUAAAGCAUGGACAACGGAGCAGAGUAAGAAGAGAGAGGAUGGUGGUGGUGGCACCGCAGCCGCCGCCACCGUCACCUCGGCUGGAAUCAUCACUACCGCCGUCACCACCAAUAAAGCUCUAUCAAGUAAGCAGAGGCAGAGACUGGAGUGGGAGAUCGACCCCUCUAAGCUCAUUAUCAAGAGUAUCAUUGCUCGCGGCACCUUCGGUACCGUCCACCGUGGUGUUUACGAUGGCCAAGAUGUUGCAGUAAAGCUACUUGACUGGGGUGAAGAAGGCCAUAGGACUGAAGCUGAGAUUGCAUCCUUAAGGGCGGCUUUUACCCAGGAAGUUGCAGUGUGGCAUAAACUUGAUCAUCCUAAUGUUACCAAGGUAAAUCCUUUCACAAAAAUCGCUUCUUUCAGUUUUCUAUGUCUCAGGUGAAUUUGGAUGGCUGGGCUCAGGAGUUCAUGAAUGGCUUACAGGUGCUGGAAUCAUUUUCAUGUCUAGUGUGUUUGCUUGUGCAGUGAAGAAUGUGAUAACCUAAAACUUGCAUAGUCUUCAGGACUUUGUUAUGUUUUCAUUUACCAUAACAAGCCAAGAAAUGAAACUCUUCUGCUAAAUUCAAGCAGAUGAGACUCUUUGAUGUUUUAUUUAUGUGUCUAUUUCACUUCCUUCAAUGGGUUUUGGUGAUUUGAGACAAGUAAUAGACUUUUUCCCUUAGCUGGUGAAGCACUAGGUAAUAGCCCUUGUUGUAAAAAGAAAAAUGAAGGUAAUAGGUACGAGGAUUCUGCUGAAAUGCGACAACUAUUUGUGAGGUCACCUUUGAAGCCAUCAAAUUGGAAUGUUAAACCCCUUUCAACGACUAUUCAAAAGUAAAGU